CAGUGAAAGGUGAAAGAUUCGUUGUAACUAUAUAAGCACGUGUUUUAUACUCCUUGGGACAUUUAUCAUUGAAUUCUGAAUCAACUCGAGUCAUCAGCAUGCGCUCCCUGAUCUGUUUUUUGGGCUUGAUUGCUCUCAUCGAGCAAUCGGUAGCCAGUGAUUAUCAUGAGCAAGAGCAUUCAACGUACGAGGAAAAAACGAAACCUGUGGAGAUUCCGAUUUAUAAAAAAUAUGCGAUACCGAUACCUCAUCCGGUACCUGUGAAGGUCGACCAGGAGAUCAAGGUACCUGUUCCUCAGCCAUAUCAGGUACAGGUCCGCAUACCUCAUCCUUAUCCGGUUGAAGUAAUCAAGAAUGUCGAGAUACCAAUUGAAAAACACGAGCCCUACGUCGUCGAGAAGAAGGUACCUUUCAUCGUGGAAAAGCCAUAUCCCGUUUAUGUGGAUAAGAAAUUCCCAGUGCCUGUUGCAAAGCCAUACGCAGUUCAUGUGCCUAUAUACAAACACGUAUUCCAUCACACUUCUGGAGGUAAAGGCUGGCAUUAAAAUCCAACCGACACCGAGCCAACAGUGACGAUGUACAGAUUGUGAUUUCGAAGGCCUCGCCUUGAUUGUUAUGUUUUCAUUUUCAAAUACUUGUUUUUACAUAAAGUAAUUGUUUGGUUAAAAAAAA